AUGAUCAGAGGUCAACGGCCCAAAAAGAUUCUAGCGGUGGUACAAACGGAUGAAAUACACAAUAUUCCACUAAAUCAACAAGAAAACACUAAUGAAACAGAAUCUCUACCUAUAACAGAAUUAACUGAAACCGAAAAUGACAUUCAGAACAUUCAACUCGAGACAGAAAUUUUACUCUCAGAAAAUUUAAACAAUAAUAAUAAUGAUAACAUUGCUAAUACCUCUAAUUCACAAAUAAUAAUACCACCUAAUCUUUUACAGAUAAUAAAUAAUUUAGCAGGAGAUUAUGACUAUGAUGAAAUUUGUCAAGAGAAAAAUUCAGGUACAGAUUUUCGCGAAGUUUUGACAGAUGAAACAAGAGGAAAUAAUUCUAAUCCAGAAGGUGAUCAAGAUAGCCUGAGCUCCGAUGAAGACUCGAACGAAGAAGAUGAAGAAGCUAAUUUUGAAGAAAAAGAAGAAGAUGACAGUGACAAAGACAUUGACGAAACAUAUAACGAACUUGACUUAGACGAUCUAAUUAACGAAACAGAAAAACAGAUGGAAACACGCGGACAGAAAUCUAGUCACGAGACACG